GCUUCCUGCAAAGUUGCACAGCACACAGUAAAUAUCUAUGAGUACUUCAAGAAACCGUGUAACUCGUCAUGCCUACUUGUGUGGCCUACUGCUUGCUGCUGGUCUUCCUUACACACUCCUGUAUCCUGCCCUACAAGACAGCAGAGGCCCAAACUGACUACAGCCAGGUGAUACCAGCCAACUUCCCUAGCCCUGCUGGAGGCAACUACACAGUCAAAUAUGUAUCAGAAGAUGGCGCAGAUGACAUAAAUUGCCUAGAGAAUCAACAAUUCUCUCCUCCUGAUAAUUCAAACGUCAUAAUAUACUGUCGAACACUUCGCUAUGCUCUGUUUGGUAACCACGAUUAUCAAAACAACCAAAGCGUGGCUAACAUCAUUGUGCUAAUGCAACCUGGACGAUAUCCUUUCGGGAAUGUGUCAAUUGUAUUGGAAGAUUUUACCAACCUCGUUAUUUCUAAAGUGCCGAACUCAGUUGGAGAGGUGGUGUUGUAUUGUCAGGAAUAUCUCGAGCAUGACUACAACAAUUUGUAUAUAACGUACUCCAGCUAUGUUGCCGUUAAUGAUGUGGUGUUUGAGAAAUGUGGUCCCUUGUCUCCAGGAAUGGGCAUACGUUCAGUGGAAUGGCUGAAUGUCUCUAACUGUAUUGCUAGGGAUAAUUAUCACAGCGGGAUCAUAACGUACCAAAGUGUCAACAUGACCUUUGAGAACUGCACAUUUGAGAACAACAACAGUACAGCAUCGUACAAUAUAUCAGUUUAUCUAAACCCUGGGGAAAUUCGUUUCGCCGGUGCCCUGUCUAUCAGCUGGCAAAAUCUUAGCAAUUCGGUCGGAUUUGCCGAGAUUACAAACUGCAAAUUCAUGAACAACACUGCGUGGAUAUCACGUCUAAACAUGAACGAUACUCGACCGAACCUGUACAUCCCACAAGGUCACGGGGGUGCAAUUACUACACACUUCGAUAACACCACCAACCACAUGAUCAGAAUUGACAACACUAUUGUUCGUGACAACACAGCGAGAUUCAACGGUGGAGGUGCUUUCUUCUCGUUUUACCAAAGGGCCAGUAACAAUCAGAUUAUGAUCACAAACUCUAGUUUCGAGGAUAAUGAGAGCAUACUUGGAACUGGUGGAGCAGUCAGUAUGAGCACUUUCUAUAAAGCCAACAACAAUCAUCUGUUUAUAUCUGACACCCUCUUCUUGAACAACACUGCUUCUCUUGGAGGUGGCGGGUGUAGCGUCAACAUUCAAGAUCAGUUGAUUGAGAAGACAGAGUUGCUUAUAUCCAAUGUGGCUAAUUUCGAAAACUGUACGUUUGAGAGCAACUCAUCUCCCGAGGGUGGAAGUGCCGUGAGUCUUGUGUCCAAUGCAAGAGUGGACCAGGCACUCAGUACAACCGACUUUAUUAACUGUUCUUUCCUGAACAACGUAGCUCACGAAGAGGGGGCAGUCCUGAGUCUGCGAUUCCCCAUCAAAUUCAACGGUAGAACAGUUUUCAAGAACAAUAUGGGAGGAGGUGUGGUAGUCCUCCAGUCCCGGAUGGAUGUGAGUGGGUGGGUGUGGUUUGAAGGGAACACGGCCGAUCAGGGAGGAGCUCUGAUGCUGAGAGAAGAGAGUGUUAUGCAAGUAUUAAGAGACACCAACAUGACCUUCAUCAGGAACUCAGCUAGACGACAAGGAGGAGCUAUUUCAGUCAUAUCGCCAUCUGUCGGCCUGGACACGGACAUUAUCAGAUUGUUCAACACGAGAUGCUUCAUUCAGUAUGACGUUAUUGACACACCCGACUCAAUACAACCAUCAGAUUGGAAUGCCACCUUCAGGUUCAUUGACAACAGAGCUGAAAUCAACGGUGCUGCUAUACAUGCCACGGAUAUCGCCAGAUGCACCUACACCCCCUCACUGAACACCACGGAUACAGUCACAGUUACUGAGAGAUCCAUCUUCUCACUCAAUACAGUCUUCUAUUUCAGUGGUAACGAGGUGACUGACAACACGACAGUCAGGGCCAACAUGUCAGUAGCCUCAUCACCCUCCAACCUGCUCUUAAGCCCACAGGAGGUGACUGGUGCUCCGGGGGAGGUGAUUGAGUUCAAAAUAAGGGCAAUUGAUCAGAGUGGGAACUGGAGGAGGGCCGUCUGGAGUCUCAAUGACAAUGGAGUCACUACGGACCCAACUGAAGGCCAGGAGUUCUUCGUGCUCACUCCAGCUGGCAGCACACACAGAUACACUGUACAGAGCAAGGACGGUUAUUCUUAUGAGAAUUGCUCCAACAGCAAAACACUGCAUCAGAACAAAAUUGAUUUCAGCCUCGUUCAAAUUAUUGCUGGAGACAUCGCUAAUAUCAGCACCUCUAUUGUGGGUGUGGCCUGUUGUCACCCUGGUUACGUGUUCAACGACAACAGAUCCACGUGCGAGUAUAACCGCGACAACAAAGUGAUUCUGAGAGGAGACAUUAACCAUCGCUACCUGUACAUAGAGCCUGAGCACUAUGCUUCAAUGCGGAAUGGGAAGCUGGUGUCGGCCGUCAUCCCACCCACAUUCCAGAACUGCUCUACUCAAGGAGCACUUCGUGGAUGUCUGUACAAGUUUGACGGUGAAGAUGACCAGUGUGACUACAAUCGCUCAGGGUUCCUGUGUGGUAAUUGCCCUGAGGGUCAAGGUCUGGACCUCACGCUCAGGUUCUGCAAAGAGUGCACUGUGAGAGACACCAUCUGGGUGACAGUAAUCGUUAUUCUCUGUAUAAUUGCCGCUGUUCUUGUGAUUGUGUUCAACAUUGGAGUGCCUAACGACCUCAAAGGAUGCUUCUUCUUUGUUCAAGUCGUCGGUUUUGUAUAUCAGGGAAGCACUGAUUGGGACUUCCAUUUGUCUCGUCUACUGGCCAGUUUCUACCUGUUCCUGUGCCCCCUGCCCGCCCACAGUGCUUACGUUACUGCCUUCUAUGGAUUCAUUCUCUCCAUAAUAGCAGGACUAACAAUCAUUGUAUACGUCAUAUGUGCAAGGUUCAUUGGUAGACUGGGACACCACUCGGCUCUGGAGGGGAUAUGGUUGCUAUGCAUCAUCACUAUCAAGUACGCAGCUGACACAGCGUAUCUACUACUACGCUGCCAGAAAGUGACUGGAAAAGACGUACAUGGAGAGUUUGUAUACUUUUACGAUGGGACCAAAGCAUGUUUCACAUUCGAUGAGAACAGCCGUCAUCUUGGCUUCGCCAUCAUGGCAAUAGUCCUACUGCUUGCAGUCAUUGCGGCCAUAAUAGCCAUCCUCGUCAUCAGCUAUAGAAGGUUUAAACACACACAAGCCUUCACGGAUAUACUGACAAAUGGUGUCAACGUGUCCUGUCGCUGGUGGAGUGCUUUUGACCUCUUAAGAAGGCUUUUGAUAGUACUGGUCGCAUUGGGCCUCAACUACAUACAGCCAGACUUCAAUCAGCUGGCACAGUUUGCGGUCGGUCUUGUCAUCUUCUUCACAUUUGCAAUUUCCCAACCGUAUAAAGAGAGAAGGUCAAACAUCAUUGAAGCACUCAUUCUCCUCGACCUUCUUAUACUGACGUCUCUCUUCCUCAACACAGCUGACCAGAGCCAGGACACGGUGAACGGGCUGGCCGCACUAUUGCUCCUGUUGCCUUUCAUCUACGGUGCUCUGUAUAUCGUGUUCAGCAUUGUCAGUAUUGUAUGGAAUAAAUGUUCACCAACAAGCUUUAUGAAGUUUUGUCAGCAAGUGAGUCACCUGAUGGUGCGAGGCAAGUGGAGGGAGAAGGUGGAGGGAGGCAUUAGUCACGACCUGGAUCGGUUCAUCAGUGUUAGAAAAACUAGCGAUGGAUCUGUCGUCGAGACUGAGCUGCACGACUCUGCUGAGUUCUCCUCUGAUUACACAGAGCUCAGGGAAGAGCUAUUGGAAACCUCUCCUUCAUAAAACAAUUAUAUAGGCAAUUAACUUGUGUAUGUUAAAUUGUGUUUUAUUGUGAGUGUAUGUACAUGAUGACUGUCUACAAAAUUAAUUUCGCGAUUCUUUUUAUUCGUAAUAAAAUCCCAAUUAUUUGUUAUAAAAUAAAAAAUUAACGUCAACAA